GAAACAAAAAUAUAUAAAAAGAAACAACAGCAGUCUUAGGCUGAUGCCCUGAUUGGACCUGGCCGCGAUUGGAUUUGGGCGCCUGCCAUGUGCCCGCUAAUUGCCAAGCUGCUAAAACGCAUGGACAACGGCUAAGGGCCUGAGGGACAAAGCAAGAACAUAACACAAGAGUAGAGAGUAUAAGAGACAGUUAGAGAAGGAGAAAUAAAGUUGUGCGCACUUGAGAGGAGACAAUAUGAAACGCUAUUAUCUGAGCACGCUGCUCUGCCUGUGGUUCAGCUAUGGCGGCUGCGAGCCGCUCUUUGGCUUGCACACGGAGGAGCUGGUGGAUGGCGAGGGGCAGCUGGUUGUGCCGCGGCGCGUGCAUGCCGAUGGCGCCUUCAUGACGCACACGCUCCACUACGCCCACGACCGGGAUCACAGGCGGCAGCGACGCAGCGUUGCGACAGAGCCGGAGCUGCACUUCGAGCUGCCGCUGCGUGACGAGACGCUGCACCUGGAGCUGACAGCUCACAGCUACUUCCUGGCGCCACAUCUGAUUGUGGAGAGACAUCGUCGGGAUCUGCGCACACGUGCGCCGCCGCCAGCGCAGCAGCUCAAUUGCCAUUUCCACGGCAAGGUGCGCGGCGAGCCCUCAGCCAAUGUGGCCAUAUCCACAUGUUCCGGUCUGGUGGGCCACAUUAAGACGGCCAACAAUGAGUAUUACAUAGAGCCUUCUAAGCAGCAUGCGGCGCAUCCAAUCAACGGUCAUCCGCAUGUAGUAUUCCAGCGGUCCUCGGUUAAGCCCAAGCCCAAGCUGAAGACCGAUCAGCACUGGCGUCGACAUAAGCGCAGGCGCAAGGAGCAGCGGCACAAGGACCAGCUGCGCAACCAGAGCCACAGCCACAGCCAGAGCCAGAGCCACAGUCCGAUUAGCAAUUGUGGCACACGCGAGCCUAGGCGCCGCAUGGAGACGCGACUCGAGUGGCAGGCGCGUGGAAAAUUCAAGAUACAAGGCGGUCGUAAGUUGCGACGUCAUCAUCGUCAUCACCAUCAUCAGCCGCAGCAGAAGGAGCAGCAGCCGCAGCUCCAUUAUCAUCAUCAUGGGUACAAGCAUCCGCACACGAAAUUCAAAUAUGAAACUCAAUUGGAGGAGCAGACGCACGUGGAGCGCAGUCGCCGCUCGAUCAGCAGUCCACGGCACGUGGAAACGCUGAUCGUGGCAGACGCCACAAUGUCGGCAUUUCACAAAGAUGUCGUUGGCUAUCUGCUGACCAUCAUGAACAUGGUGUCCGCCCUCUACAAAGAUCCCAGCAUAGGCAAUGCGAUCGAAAUCGUUGUGGUCCGCAUUAUUGAGCUGCAGGAGAAUGAUACAGAACCGGAGCUGAAUCUCACGCAGAAUGCGCAAAGGAAUCUCGAUCGCUUCUGCAGCUGGCAGCACAAGCUGAACACGCUCAAUGAGAACGAUCCGCAUCAUCACGACGUGGCCAUACUGAUAACGCGCAAGAACAUCUGUGGCAACAACUGCAUGACCUUGGGACUGGCCAAUGUGGGCGGCAUGUGCAAGCCGAAGCAAUCGUGCAGCGUGAAUGAGGACAACGGCAUCAUGCUCUCCCACACGAUCACGCACGAACUGGGCCACAACUUUGGAAUGUUCCACGACACGGCCAAGAUCGGCUGCCAUCCACGUGUCGGCUCCAUAGUCCACAUCAUGACGCCGACCUUUGGGGCGGAUACGCUGCAGGUUUGCUGGUCGAACUGCAGUCGGAAAUACAUAACCCACUUCCUGGACCAGGGAUUGGGUGAAUGCCUGGAUGAUUCACCCACACCUUUGGAUGAGUACAACUAUCCGGAGGCUCUGCCGGGCGAGCGCUACAAUGCGAAGCGCCAGUGCCGCAUGCAGUUCAAUCUGACUACCGAUAGCGACGUGGGCGCCUGUUCCGCGCCGCACGAGUUCUGCUCGACGCUCUGGUGCCGUGUGAAUGGCGAAUGUGUCACCAAUAUGCGUCCAACUGCGCCGGGCACCGCCUGCGGCAAGAACAAGUGGUGCCAGAACGGCAAAUGCGUUCGCAUGGAGGAGCUGACGCCCAUUCAUGGCGGCUGGGGCAACUGGAGCGAGUGGAGCGAAUGCUCGCGCAGCUGCGGCGGUGGCGUUUCCAUACAGCAACGCGAAUGCGACUCCCCCCUUCCAGCCAACGGCGGCGUCUUCUGCAUUGGCGAACGCAAGCGCUACAAGAUCUGCCGCAAGAAGCCCUGCCCCGAGCACCAGCCCAGCUUCCGGGCUCAGCAGUGUGCGCGCUACGACAAUGUCAGCUACCAGGGCGCCACCUACAAGUGGCUGCCCUUCUUCGACAAGAACAAUCCGUGUCGACUGUUCUGCAGCGACGUGGAUGAUACGAUCAUCGCUAACUGGGGCGAGACGGUGCUCGACGGCACGCCCUGUACGCUGGGCACGAACAACAUGUGCAUCGACGGCAUCUGCAAGAAAGUUGGUUGCGAUUGGAUCGUUGACUCGGACAUGCAGGACGAUCGUUGCGGUGUCUGUGGCGGUGCUGGUGAUCAAUGCAAGCCCAUAAAAGAGAUCUACAGUGAGGCCUUCAACGUGAGCGACGGCGUCUACGAACAGAUCGUCAGCAUACCGGCUCGGGCGCGCCACAUACUGAUCAAGGAGCUGGCCAACUCGCCGCACUUUCUGGCCAUCGGACGAGCGCAGGGCGACAAGUUUUAUUUGAAUGGCGACAGCCUGAUCUCCAUGCCCGGCGAAUUCGAGAUCGCCGGGGCCGAGAGCCUUUACGAUCGGCUGGACGAGCAGGAGACCAUCAAAAUACCUCAGCCAAUACAGCACGCCAUAGCACUCUAUGCUAUCGUGCGCGGCAACGAGAGCAACACGGGCAUCUACUACGAGUUCACGUUGCCCGCGUUUAAUGUCACCAGCGGGCGACAGCAUCAGUGGCGCCUGAGCAACUGGACCGCCUGCUCUGUUAGCUGUGGCGGCGGUGUUCAGCAUCGAGAGCCCAUCUGCCUGGAGAAUGGUAAAUUGCUCAGCGACAAGCUGCCCUGCUGGACACACGCAAAGAAUAAGCGGCCCUCGAGGCAGACACGCGUCUGUGCUGAGCAGCACUGUCCGGCGCAUUGGUGGCCCGGUCCUUGGCAAUUUUGUCCGCUUACCUGUCGCCAGCCGGGCGCUCCCAUGCCCCAGCGUCGGCGCUCCGUUGUCUGUCUCGAUCAGCACGAUGUUGUCGUCGCGGAUGCUCAGUGUAGCCUGCUUCCCCGGCCGCCCGAAACGGAGCCGUGCGAGUCAACGCUGCCCGAGUGCCGGCUCAAGCUGUGAGGCAAACUGCGGCAGCUGGAAUCGGAACUGGAAAUAGAAUCGGAACCGGAACUACAACUGCAACUGGGACCGGAACUAGAACUGGAAAGCGAUCUGGCACCGAAAUAGUAACUGGUUCUCAAACAGAAAACCGAAACUGAAACCGGACUGAAGCUGGAACCGGAACUGGAACUGGUAGUGCAGCCCAAGCUUGAACCGGAACUGGAAUUUGAUCCGGUGGCGGAAACUAUUUAUUGCUAUUAAUUAAAGUGAAAGCUAACUUAAGUGAGCUGCUAAUAAAACCCACAGUUUUACAUAUUUAUUUGAACAAGUUCGAAUUAUACGUGUAACUAUCGAUAAGCGAAUAUUAUCGAUCAAUAAUAUUAGGAAAUAUGCCCUGCAGUUGCCCUAAGCUUACUCAGCCCUUAGCAAGUGUAGAGCUGAACACGAUUUGUAAAGGUUUGAAAUAAAUCAAUCGAUUUAUCGAUAAGUUUUUAUUGAGCACCCUGUGACUGGGAAUGUUUUUCUAUCAAUUUCUAGCUAAGCUUUUAAGAUGAUACUAUCUAUAAGGAAGUAACAAGUAAUAUGCCCUCUGGAUGCUUGCUUUAUGGAAAAGCUUGAGGCCGUUGACUCACGCGUAUGAAGACCUUAGAAGAAUUCUUAAGAGCUCGCCCAACUCUAAUUGCCCUUCAAUUUUUCCAAAGAACAUUUCAAAAUUCAAAUCGAUUUGGUUUCGGGUUUCAAUACAUUUUUACUUGCUCGUAAGCCGAUUGGAUAGACUAAUUCAAUGCUUAACAUGCAGGGCAUAACAACGAGUACUUAAAACAAAUCGAAAAAAAAUAAAAAAAAAAAAUAGUUUCUAGGAACUAAGCCUGGUGUUUAGGCAACAUUUGUUUAUACAUGAUGUGUGUAGUAUUAUCUAUGAGCGUAUGCAUA